UUGCAUUAGCGAUCUGUACUUCCGUUUCCGGUUGUUGUUUCUGUUUCGAAAGUAAACAUGUGGAAAGUAGGAGCUGUGUUGUUACUUGUUUUUUCUGCUGUUGUGACUUCUGACAAUGAUGAUCAUGGAUCUGAAGCUGUGUCACAUACAGCCGAUAGUUUUGCUACCCAAGUGGAGGAGACAAAACAAUUUGUUAUGUUCUUUGCCCCAUGGUGUGGCCAUUGUAAGCGACUAGCUCCCACGUGGAAUCAAUUGGCCAAAGUUUUUAAUGACAAAGAAGAACAAGAAGUGGUCAUUGCAAAGGUUGAUUGUACUGUAGAAACAGCCCUCUGUGCUGACAAUGAUGUAACUGGUUACCCAACCAUCAAGUUCUUCUCUAAUGGUAAAGAUGGUGCUGUCAGAUACAAAGGUGGGAGGGAUCUGGAAGCUUUACAGAGCUUUGUUGAGGAACAGCUUGGAAAGGGAGAGGAGGAGAAGGUAGAGGAAGAGGAACUGGCAGGACCACUGUAUGAGCUUAAUGAUAAAAACUUUGCUGGCUUCACAGAAACAGGGAACCAUUUCAUUAAGUUUUAUGCCCCCUGGUGUGGACAUUGUAAACGUCUGGCUCCAAUUUGGGAAGAUUUAGCCAAGGAAUUUGAUGAGGAUGAUAGUCCAGCUACUAUUUCUAAGGUUGAUUGUACAGUUAGCCAACAGUUGUGUAGUUCCCAUGAAGUGAGAGGCUAUCCUACUCUCUUAUGGUUCAAAGAUGGACAAAAGGUAGAAAAGUAUGCAGGUCAAAGGGAUCUGAGUUCCUUUAAGGAAUUUAUCAAGAAAAUGGUGGAUCAGAAAGAUGACAAUGCUGAGAGAGAAGAGGAAAAAGUGCCAGAAAAAGUUCCUACACAAGAAAGUGAAGAUGGUGUUGUUGAGUUAACUGCUGGCAGUUUUAAAGCAGCCAUUGAUUAUGGAGUUACAUUUGUCAAGUUUUUUGCUCCAUGGUGUGGACAUUGUAAAAGACUUGCUCCUACUUGGGAAGAUUUGUCCAAGAAGUAUGCUGAUAUUGACAGUGUAAGGAUAGCCAAGGUUGACUGUACACUUCAUAAAGAAUUAUGUCAGGAAAAAAAGGUCAGAGGUUAUCCUACAUUGAUAGUGUAUAAGAAUGGAGAGAUGAAAGAAGAGUAUAGUGGAGGAAGAGAUUUGCCCAGUUUGGAAACAUUCUUAGAUAAAUUUGUCUUUACUGGUGACAUGAAAGAAGAAAUACCAUCAGAAAUUGCAGAAGAAUUCAAUUCACCUGUCUUGGAAUUAGAUACAGCAAGCUUCCAACCCACCAUUAGUGAAGGAGUUACAUUUGUCAAAUUCUUUGCACCAUGGUGUGGCCAUUGUAAAAGCCUUGCUCCAACAUGGGAAGACUUAUCUAAGAGAUUUGAGGGUGAAAAGACUGUGAAAAUAGCUAAAGUAGAUUGUACUGUGUAUAAAGAUAUUUGUCAAGCAAAUCAGGUCAGAGGUUAUCCUACAUUACUUAUCUUUAAGGAUGGAGAGAAGAAGGAAGAAUAUGGAGGAGGGAGAGACUUGGACAGUUUAGGUUCUUUUGUUGAGAAACAUAAUUCUGACAGUGACAGAAAAGAAGAAUUGUAAUCAUAUUGGAUCGAAAUGUAGAAAUUAAGGUUUUAUUGGUCAAUAUUGGUUAACAACUGGCAUUAGGGAGUUACCCUGUAAACAUAUAAUUAUAAGGGUAGGGAGGAAAUGUAAUUAUUUGGGUAGGGGGAUAGGGCAGACAUUUUCUUCUUAAUUUGUCUUUUUUAAAGAUUUAUUAGAACUUUAAAUAAGUAAGAAAGUCUUUGUCUGGUAUCUGAUAUUUUAUCAGGGUUAAUUGAUUUUAGAAUCCCCUUACAAAGGACGAUGUACUGAUUCAAUGACACUCAAUGAUGGAACAUUAGUAUACUAUGAGUACAGACUGAUAGUAAGAGACCGAUAAGUCUAGACUGGACUAAUUUUAGAAUGUCCAAUAAUAAAUAUAUAACAAAAAUAAAGAAAAUCUUGCAUAAUUUGUUUGGUUAUACCCUAAUUUUAUGAGUAUUUGUAGUGUUAUCGUCUGUAACUUUUAAAGUGGUUCAUUAAUUUUUCUCUUAGUGCAAAAAUUAACAUAAUUCAAAAUAUAUGUCACAUUGUUGUAAUGUACAUCAAUAAAUUGAGGUCUGGAUGGGGUUUAUAGAAUAGAGAAUAAUAAAGGAAAAAAGAAUAGAGAAAACUGGCCAAAAAAAUAAAGUGAACAAUGUAAUGGGCAAAAGAUUAACAAAAAUUUUAUACUCUGAGUAGUUAUUUCUUGAUUUAGUUGAAAUCUUUGAAUCAAAUGGAAAACCUCUAUGCAUUUUAUGUGUGUGUGACUUUUAUAUCAACAGAAAUUUUUACAAUUAGAACUAUGGGUAUAAACAUGAGUUUCAGUUACUUCCCUUGUCAUCACUUUUGAGAUAAACAGUUGAUUUUCUUAUUGAAAAAUCAAAUUGAAAUACAAACAAGUCUGAUAAGAGAUCAUUACUUACUUGUGUCAAUCGAAACCCAUCUUCUGUACAUAUGUUAGCACAUAUCUUUCUUUUCAUUGAUGAACCAUCUUCUAGGUUCUUUUUAUGGUUUAAAACAUGACAAUUUAAAUAACAAUUUUAGGGUUGUAUAUUUGAUGGUAUUAGUGAUGUAUGAAAUCCAGGGAUAUUUGUAACUGACUGCGGUAUUUUCUCAGUAUGUGAUAAAAGAUUUUUCAAGUGAUGAUGGCAUUACUUUUUUUUUUGUGGGCAUAACUCAUGUUAUUUUUUAUUUAAUAAUUUUAUUGAUCAUGUCAUAAAAUGUUGGUGAUACAUGUAUCUCAUAGUGUGUACUAUAUACUCAGAAAUCCAUGUUGCCUAUCGUUCAAUGUUAUCGACAUAUGUGCCAUUCUUUUCAUUUUUCUUCCAUUGUAUACAGAAUUAAUUUUAUAUUGGCUGACAAUGGCUACAUUGUAUAUACAAAUAUGUUACACAAUUUUCAUUUUGAAUGUUAUACAUGAAAGUAAAUAGCAGUAUUGAACAAAUAGAGAUAAAAAAAGGAUAAGGCCAAUAGCAUAUUGAGAUUAGUGCUGCUCCAUAAUUAACAUUAUCAUCUUUUAUAAACAAAUUUAAAACUGUAAAUUCAGAAAUAAUUGCAUGCAUUUAUUAUUGCGAUUUUUCAAUAGUGGAAAAAAAUGCGAGUUUAACUAUUGCGAUUUCGAUAAAAGUCUCCAUACAGGUCUUAAAUAUAUAUUAUUGCAAAACUUAUCCAGUCGCAUAAUUUGCAUUAAUAAAGGCCUUCCAAAAAUUUCUGAAUUUACAGUAAUAUUGGAUUUGUUCAGCAAUGACCAUAUCUUGUACUAAGUAGUUGUGUGGUUUGUUAGAUAUGUAUAUACAGGGAUAAUUGUGAUUGGAUGGUGUGGAAUUUAUUAUUUGUUGGGAUUAAGUGUUUAAAUUUGAUACAUGUGAUUUAUAUUUAUGAAUGAAACUGUCAUUAUAUCAAAUAAUAUCAGUUUAACAAUAUAAACAAAUCAUGUGUUCACCAAAAUUUCCAGUCAUUGGUGAUGUUAAUUUUGAUUUUAUUGAGUCUUUGAACAAAUUGUUAGAUGCCAAUUUUACUUUCAACAUAGGUUUUGUUUGUUUAAUUAAAUAUAAUUUGAAAAUUGGAGAGAACACAUGGAUACUGUGCUGUUAUUUACUCAAUAAGACCUAAUCAUUUGAUUUGUACAGUGGUAUUUAUAGUCUUCUUGCAAUAAAAAAUAACAUAGUGAAUUAUAAUAUUAGAACAUGUUAUUUGUUUUCUAUGGAUUAUUUUUUUAUUUAUGGAGCAAUUUCUGUAAAACAUAUCUGAUAUUGUUAUUUAGCAGGUACCAUGUGUACUCUUUGUGUUUCUUAAAAGUAUUAUGUGUGUGUAAUUGAGGGGAGACAUGAACAUGAAAGAAAUACAAAAUAUAAUUUUAAUAUGAUUUAUAGAUGAAUGAAAAGUAACAUUUAGGAUAAAAUUGUGCAAUUCUACUUAUUUCCAUGACAAUGCAAACAUUCAAUUUGAAAGCAGUAUGGUGACCUAUAGUUGUUAAAUUCUGUGUUAUUUAGUCUCUUGUGUAGGGUUGUCUCAUUGACAUUCACACCUCAUCUUAUUUUUAUUUCAUUACAAGAAUGCGAAAAAGAAAAAGAAGAAUGUUGCACUUACUUCCCUUUGUGUUUGUUAUUCAUAGAUUUACUAACCUUUUUUAUUAAGCUUUUUUAAUACCAACUUUUGGUUUUGGAAAGUGUGAACUUGUGUCUUGAACUGAAAUGCUCCAAUCUUACACAUGUAUUUUCUUGCAAUUGAUCAAAUGAUCUACUUUAUAUACAAUAAAAACUACUUAAAUAAUUAAGUAAUAAUUAUGAAAUCAAAAUUUCUCCUAAAAGUGUACUGUACGGGCAAAUCUUUUUAAGUCUUAUUAAUAGAGAGGCAAAAAUUUAUGUUGUUAAAAUUAUCUUUUGCUGGGGAAAAAAAUUAAAAGUUGGAGGAUUUUGGUUUCAAGACUUUUUACAGUAAGAAAUCCAUUUAUUAACAAAAUGUUCUACUUAUGUGUUUAAUUGUUUAACAGCUAUUCUUAUUUUAUAUUCUAACUACAUUUAUAGCUUAAGUUAUUUGUAAAAAUUAUUGGUUUAUAAAUUAAGAAAUUAUUAGGAAACUAAAGGAACCACUUCAGAAAAUGUUGAUCAUAUGUGAACUCUGCUAUUAUUUUUUUGUACCCUAUAUUUCAAUUGUUGCAGUAUUUUAUACAUUCUGUGUUUAAUUUUUGUAACUUAGAGCUUUUUUUUCUGGAAUGCAAUAAAUUACUGGUAUAAUAUGUUAUUUUCAUACUAAAAUAUUCAACAUUUACACCAGGAUAUACAUUAUUCUAUUAAUGUCAGAAAAUUGUGAACGUCUUUUAAAAUGAACUGAAAAAACUACUUGCAGGAAAAGUAUACAGUUAAAAAACUUUAAAAUUGUGAUUCAGGCCAAAAAAAGCAAUAUAUUGCAAGAAUAUUAACAUAUCAUUACAUGGUCAUUUCUAAUUUUUGAUGUUGUUUAUUCAGUUUCUUAGGUUUGAAGUUUUUUUUAAAAGAUUGUAACUGAUAAAAUACUAAUAAAGACGUCUAAUUUAUACUUGUUUUAUGUCAUAUUAAUUUUUUUGUCAUUGGAGGAAUUCGUUGUUGAUGAUAGAUCUUGCAUAGUUUCUGUUCAAUUUAUUUUUAAAUUUUGUAGAAUGGGGUUGAUUUAGAGGUUGAAAUGUUUUAUAGAUACCUGUUUAUUUUGGAAGACUGAGUGCUAAUCUUGAGGUUUCUGUUAGUUGUUUGGUUACUGUCUCAUCAACGCGUACCCUGUAUUCACUUUAUACAUACGUAUACCAUACCCUUUAGCUAUUUUAAACCAGCUUCGUCUUCAAUCAUGUUAAAAAUUAUCACAAUUGAAUGACGGAUUCAAUUUACAUUUUAUCAAUGUCUAUUUGAAAAUAAAAUUGAAUUCCCUCGAUUAGCUAAGUUGCAUUGAGCAAUUUGCAAUAAAUUAAAUAAUAGAAUGAACAGAAGGCAAAAUCACAGGUGACAAUAGUGCUAACAAUACUAAUUUACCAGUGUACAACAAAUCUAUCUUAAUAAUUUAAAACUGGCCAGUUACCAGAGAAUUUAGAAAAAAUAAAACGUCUUUUGUCAUAUAUUUUAUUUUAGCCAUCAGCUUUGUAUGGUUAGAUCAGUAAGUUAGUGGACAAGACAAUCUGAACUAUAUAAAGCAAUAGUUGUAUUGUAAGAUCAGUAAGUUAGUGGACAUGACAAUCUGAACUAUAUAAAGCAAUAGUUGUAAUGAUUUGAUAUAAAUCACUCAUUUCUUAUUUUAUUUUAUUUCAUAUAUAUAUAUUCAAUAAACAUUAGAUUUGUA